UAUCAAACUAAGAGUGCAAAUUUACAAAAUCAUCCAAUGAAAAGCAGCUUGAAUCCUGUUAAAAUCACAGCCAUUAGAGAUAAUGGAACAUAAUGCACUACAACUAUUUGGCAUUUUGCUGAUCUACACAUUUGCGCAGCUCUGGGCAGCGCCCGCAUUCGGGGAUGGGAACAACAACAAUGUCAAGAUCACCAAACAGAGUCUGGAGCUCACUCAGACGAUCAACAUACAGCGUCAGGAGUAUUUGCAGAGACAAUGUGAUCUACUGCGUGAUGCCGACACACAGACAGUGGAUGAUCUUACAGACCUGCAAAUGGAUCAUAUGAUUGUGGAUAAGGAGCAUAAACUGCUCUACUGCUACGUGCCAAAGGUGGCCUGUACGAAUUGGAAGCGGGUGCUGAUGCUCUUGACGGGCAAAUGGCAGAACGGCACGGAUCCGUUGAUGAUACCUGGUGCGCUGGCCCAUUCGGUGGGCAUGUUCACCAAGUUCUCUGACCUCAGUGAGGAGGAGCGCGCGCAGGUGUUCAGCGAGGAGUACACACGCUUCAUUCUGGUGCGACAUCCAUUCGAGCGGCUGCUCUCGGCGUAUCGCAAUAAACUGGAGGGAGGUUCGCCUAGUGCCAGGUACUUUCAGUCGCGAGUGGGUCGACAGAUUGUGCAUGAGCUGCGACCGGGCGCUAGUAAUGCGUCCCUGGAGCUGGGCAACGAUGUUCAGUUUGGCGAGUUUGUGCAGUAUCUGUUGACGCCGGAGCUGAGUCGCACCAAUCAGACGGAUUACAACGAGCACUGGGAGGUCAUCGCCAAGCUGUGCAAUCCCUGUGUCAUGAAGUACAACGUAGUGGGCAAAUACGAUACAUUGCUGGAUGACUCCGCAUUGGCGCUAUAUCUGGCUGGUGCCAAGAACUUGACAUUCCCCACUGGCCACAAGCCAUCCAGCACGCGUGCGAAUCUAAGAAAAUACUUUGAUCCUCUGCCAAUUGGCGCAAUACGUCGUCUAUAUGAGAUCUAUGAGGAGGACUUUCGUCUCUUCGACUAUGGCUUAGAUGAUGUGUUGGGCUUUGAAUUCGGCUGAUAUCACUCUGCAUAUAUAUGCACAU